AUGCCAUCCCCACCCACCCCCGCACCCCACCCGCAUCUCGUCCAAAUCUUCCACCGCGCCGACACCGCCCAAAAAGGGCAUCUCACCCGCCGCGACCUCAAAGUCGCCCUCACCGGCCUCCUCGGCUGCAAGCCCUCCAAAUGGGAACUCAACCACCUCCUCUCCGUCCUGCCCUCCCAUGGGGGGGGUGAUGAUCCACAUUCACGCGGGGGCGAUGACGUGCGGAUCACAAUGGAGGAGUGGCUCACGCUCGCGGGCCACAAGACCGCCUUCCGUCCGCUCGCGCUCGCAUCCACCACGGACACCUCCACCGUCCGCCACGCGUUCCGAGCCGCCGACGGGGGCUGCCGGGGGUACAUCACGCUGGGGGAUUUCGCGGCGCUGGUGCGGCGGGUUGCCGGGGGUGCGGUGCCCCGCGGGGUGGUGGAGGAGGCGUAUGCGUGUGUCGCGAGGGAGGGGAGGGUUGGGUGGAGGGAGUUUGAGGGGAUGAUGCGGCGGAGGGUGUGA